AUGAAUUUCAACAACAAAACAACCACCGCCAGCUCCUAUACCACCAGCACCAGCAGCGUCCAUUCCGAUCUGGACGAAUAUCCAGAGGUCGAAAAGUGCGACAUUGCUCUCAAUGGAAAUGGACUCGAUGCACCACUCUCCAAAGACCAACUAUUUCUUAUUCAAGAGCUCCACGAACGAGUCACUCCAUACCGCGAGGCUCUCUCACCGCUGGACGCCGAAUUUUGUGACUUGGAAACCUGUCGUCGCUACCUCGUGGCUCGCCAGUGGAGUCUUGAGAAGGCACAAGAACAGCUCGUCUCCACGUUGCAAUGGCGUGCUACCACCAAUCCACGCAAAACAGAACUCUGGCAAUCCCCAAAGUGCUUGAACAAUCCCUUGGCACUCAAUAUGCGCGUCGUGGGAUACGAUGCCGAUGGACGUCCCAUUGGCUACACUCGCUUCAGUGAAGCCCAUGAUCGAUGGGAUGCCGACGCCAACAUUGAACACGUACUCUUGUUGCUAGAAGCCAGUUGCAACUUUUUGAGACAACGCCGGAAGAAUGGAUUGAAUCAAACGGCCGAUUCCAGACAUUGUGUCUGGGUAGCCGACUUUGAUGGCUUUGGAUUUCGAGAUUCCGAUCCAAAGUCAGCCAUUCUGGUAGCACAGCUCUUACAGCAUUAUCCAGAAAUGUUGCAUUGCGUGGUGCUCAUUGAUGCCCCCAUGAUAUUUAAUGGCCUCUGGAAACUGGUUUCGCCACUGCUAGAUGAACGCGUCAGAUCCAAAGUCAUGUUUGUCAAGGGCAAGCAUGCGGCUGAUUUACUUGAGGAACGGUUGGGCACCGAAGCCGCCACUUGGUUGGCCGACGAAACCAAAGACUCGCACGAAAAGAGAGCUCAAGCCAAACAAGGUAAUCCAAAAAAGUAUUGGAUUGCUCCUCCGGUUGGAAGCGGCGAACACAAUCCUCGUGGGGCACCUUCCUAUGUCGAUUCGCUAUAUUACAUCAAAACUCCGGGAGAUGCCUUUGAAGAGGCCAAACGACAACCAAACGCUGUCCAAGAGAACGCAAAUGCAAGACAACUGGUGAAUGGAACGAAUGACAAUCUGCCUCGCACAAACCCUUGCCGUGUCAAGACUCUGUACGCGGGCGUCUUUUAA